AAAUUACACAUUGAUUGAUUGAAUGUUUUCUCUCCUUUCUGGCUUUCUCUGUCCAUAUCCUCGUAAAAUCAAUAAACCAAAACCCGUCCUUUCUUUCGGGAGCUUGUCGUGCUUGCCCAUCUCUACUUCCCUUAAUCUUCCCCCAUUACCACUCUCCCCUCUAUCUUCUCUCCAGCAAAGAUCAAAACUUUAUUCCAUUUCCCCCUUUCCUCUCUUCCUUCUUUUGUUUUCUCUUCGAUCAUCAACGCUUUCCUCUUCAAUUUCCCAUUGUUUUCUGGUAUUUGGGCGAGCCCAGAAUGAUGGUUGUCCUGUUGUGAUUGUCUGAUUGUUGUGCAUGCAUGUUUUAAAGAUGUAUGUUUCGAGAAAAUACGAAGGAAGGUUGCUGUGAGGGAAGGGGGAGAAGUGGUAUAGAAAGAUUCUGUUUCUUUCAUCUCUGCACCUCUUCUUUGAAAGGUUGGGCAUUUUUCAGAAUCUUCCAUGAGAACCAAUAUGAAGGGAACCUUCAAGGCUGGAUUCAAAUACAUCUCCAGUAUUUUCGGUAAUGUUGUGAAGGAGCCUGAGAUUGAGAUUCAAAUUGGGUACCCGACAGAUGUUAAGCAUUUGGCACACAUUGGGUGGGAUGGGCAAACUGGUUCUGCACCUAGUUGGAUGAAGGAGUUCAAGCAAGGCCCAGAUUUCGCAGCUACUAACAUUGGUAAAUCAGAUCUUGGAGAGUCGACGAGAAAGCAAUCUGGAUCUGAGUUUCAUAGCAACACCCCAGUGGAGAUUCCUAAAAAACAUAAACGAAAGAAGAACAAAUCAGAUCUGUCUGGCACCUCGAGCUCUUCCUCGCUGGGAUCAUUUCAAACUGGAAAGUCCAAGGCCAAGUUAGCCCAAGGGAACCCGGAUUCUGCAGAUGUAGAAGUGGCAUUGUGUUGAUGUUCAAAGUUGCUAUCUUAGCCAAUGAAAUAUUCUAACUUGUUUGAUCAUCAGAGUUGUUAACAGAAGAGAGUGCAAGAAGCUGUAGAAAAAAACACAACAAAUUCUGUACAUUUGAGUGGGGCCAGUGUUCUAUGAUUAAGAAAAUACAAGAAAAAAAAAAGGAGAGAAGAAGAUUAGGAAAGCCUAGAUGGGGAGAUGUGAGACAGAACCAAGGGUAUAAAUCAUAACAAUCAUCAACUGAGAAGAAGUUCAAGAGAAAUGAAAAUGUUUUUCUCUUUGUUUUUUUCUUUGCUCAUCUUGAGACUGUGAUGAAACUGGGCAAUGUAAACAGUUGGUUUAUAUGGGUACUGAUGAUAUGAUGAUUGAUUCUGCUA